AUGGAUCCUCCACGUAGGAAAAGUACAGCUCAGGUUGAGGAGAGUAAAAGUCAUCGAAGCAACCAGAGUAAAGAUGGAGAUAAACUUGCGGAAAAAAGAAAGGUCGACGGACUGCCGCCAUUUAAACCAGAUGUACGACCGCGAGUUGAGUCGCUCAGGCGAACAGCAGUGGAACCUAGUCCACGAAAGGAAGUUAAACCAGCAAAGCAAGUUGUAGAGUCCGGGCGCGACACCAUCAACAACCGCGAGAGAUCUUCCACUUCCAAAACUCCAGCUGGAGCAGUCCAAAGAAGCACUAAUAGUCGACAUUCGACAAUUACUCAGAACAAUUCACCCCCGCCUGCUCCCAGCCGCGAUCCCAGAGAUCCUCCCGAAAGACGUGGGAGGGAUACUGAUACACCCAAGUCCAACGAGCUGCCCACCCACAAAAGAGGCGUUACUCUACCGAAAUCUUCAUCCAGCCGUAGAAAUCUAUCCCAGGAUCCAAAGUCAAGCAAAAUAUCUCCCUCUCUAUCCAGUGGAAUGAAAAGCCUUCGACUUGAUAAAACUUCGACGCAAUCCAAGGCUCCUACUCCAGUAAACUACGUCAAAGAGAGCGAUAGAGCAUCUGAACCCAAGAGUGAGCCAGAUGAUGAACUAAUCAUUGCGCGUCUCCCUACGAAAUACCUGCCCAAAAAGCACGCCAAACAUGAGAGCUGUUUGAUCGUCCUUGGAGAUGUACAUGGAAUGCCUGAUGCUAAGGACUGCCUGUUGAAAGAGGUUAAAUACAAUCCAGACUAUGAUCAUCAGAUAUUCGCCGGAGAUAUGGUAACGAAGGGCAGGAAGAGUCGUCCAAGUAAGCCUGAUAUGACGCCUGCCGAAGUGACAAUCGAGGCUUCUAAAGAUGUGCUGUGUGGUGCUAUGAGACACGAAGCUUCAGCAAUACGCGGUAACCACGAAGAUAUUCUUUUGAAUGUCGAACACGCCAGGAAAGGAUGGAUAGAAGAUACUGAGCGCUUGCUCGAUGGAGGAUUUCGCGUGAAGAAACUCUUGAGAACACCGACUGCUAGUGACAAGGCGCUCUACGAUGCGCUCAGCACUGACGAAAGGAAAUGGCUGAAAAAGCUGCCUCAUAUUCUAGUUCUUGGAAAGGUAGGUGGACGCAAUAACAUGCUCGUUGUACACGCGGGAUUGAAUGCGAAACGUCGACUAGAACAUCAACAUGUCAUCGAGACAAUGAAUUUGAAAUCUAUAGAUAUCAGGGAGGGAAAUACAAGUUCAAUGGCGCGUGGAGAUAAGGAGAGAAAGAAUUUAGCUUUGUCGGUCGAUCAAGAUCAUUUCAAGAAGAUGGAACCAUGGUUUGACGCUUGGGACAAGAAGCAAAAUACAUUGCAACCAGACGAACAGACGACGGCGAUUUAUGGUCAUGAAUCUAAGUUAGGGUUGAUGAAGAAAAAUUUCUCAAUUGGCCUCGACACUGGAGUCCAGCGUAUAGAUAAAGACGAUCCUAACAAGUAUCGAACGCUAACCGCUCUUAUUAUUUAUCAUGACCGCUGUAAAAUAGUGCAAGUUAAGGAGGUGAAGAAUAGCACCGUCGGAUUACAUUUGGUUGAGAAGAGAGGUCAAGUUUAA